UAGAGAUUAGAGCGACCCUUACCCAAUACACAGCCACAGAGCUAGAGCUAGAGCUAGAGAGAGAGAACAGAGAUCGAGAAGGUACUACCAGUCUCUGCUAAAAGGGGGAGGGCCCCAAGGAAGAACAAUAUACUCUCCCCUGGCCCUGAAUGUAAAACACACUCCCCUCAGAUGACAUCUCCCAGCAAUGGCGACAGCUCUCAUCUCUCGUAAACCUCGACGAAUGUCUUGCAACUCUCUAUUGCGUCCCGUAACUUGUGAAUGGGUGUUCCCCGACUCCAACCUCCUCUGUGGUUUGAACUUCACAGAUAUAGACGUCUUCACGCAACAUGUUAGAGACAACCACCUUCCCAAUCCCUACACCCCCGGACAUGACCUGAGGCCAGAGGAACUACAGAGUGGCGUGUGCUGUUGGAACGGUUGUAGCUUUACGUCGCUUACUCUAACGUCACCGGAGUUUGUCAGUCACGUCUUAUUUCAUCCGUAUCACAUGUAUUUGAAGCUACUCGGAACGGAAGUCAUUAAAGAUCGAGAACUAAGCGAUUGUAGAAUGGACUCGACUUUGUCUAAUUUGUUACCAUCGUUAGAGGUUCAGCAGUGUUGCUGGAGUAACGGACAGUGUGGAGUGGUAUUUGAUAGUGUUGGAGACUUUUAUAGACACGUACACGAGCAUGCAUCGUCCAAAGAUCAAAGAACUUGUCAUUGGAGUGACUGCUCGUUUAAGGGGCGUGACCACAACAAAGUGAGAGAGCAUCUUCGUUCCCACCUCAAGGAGAAGGUGGUUGCUUGUCCGACAUGUGGUGCACUCUUUGCUAACAACACCAAGUUCAGCGAUCACGUGGUGAGACAACAGGCCGGGAAUUACACCUGCUCAUUCUGUCAUAAGAUUUUCUCUUCUGAUCGGUUGCUAAGGGACCACGCCCGGAGACACAUUAACACGCUUCAGUGCCCACAGUGCGAGCUGACUUGCCAGGGUCCCUCCCGCCUUCUAGCUCACAUACGCUACCGUCACAUGACCGUGAAGCCGCACGAGUGUGCCCUCUGUCACAAGACCUUCAAAACCUCGCACUCUCUCACAGAGCACAUUGAGACGCACCAGGAGACCACCACCAUCCGCUGCUCCUACCCAGAGUGUACCUUCACUGCCAGUCACUCACGAGCACUUGAUCGUCACAUUCAAUCAGUGCACACUUCAAGUUAUGAACUAUAUUGCUGUCAUGUGUGUAACAAACGAUUCGCUCUUGGGAAAAAGUUGACUAAACAUCUCAAGAAUGAUCACGGCUUCCAACUGCCACCAGGUCACUGCAGAUUCAGAUACUUGGCUGGUGUGGAUGGCCUCAAGCGGUUACAGACUGUUCGCCUUGACGACGAGACUCUGGUUACCCCUGAACUGAACACUUACUCAUCAAACACCUCAAACACCUCUUAGGACUAGCUACGUAGUUGUCAUACAUCUUGUUAUUGCCCAACUGCCCAACUGGUACAUGCAAGUGUUGUAAUUAAAUUGAACGCCCAUCUAUAUGUUUUUAGAUCAUG